AGGAAUGCAAUUAGGGUGCAGGCAGGGCCUAGUACUUGGUGGAGCACCUGGCUGACCCAGCAGGGAUCUCCUGGAGCAGCCAUGGGCCAAAGCUGGAGCCGAAGCAGCCUCAUCUCAGUGGCCACAGCACUUCCAGAUUCUCCCCCUGUAGCCCCUGAGUCGCCUUCUGACCCGGCUUUGGGCCCACUGACCACACCAGACACGCCGGUGGAAGUGUCCCUCCUACGCAUCAUCCACUGCUUCCACCAGUACGCAGCCCGCGAGGGGGAUGUGGAGACACUGUCCUUGCAGGAGCUGCACGCCCUGCUCAGUGAGAACCUGCCUCGCUUCAUGGAUGGCUUGGGCCGGAGUGAGCCAUUUUGCAUCGCCCAGCUGUUCCAGGCAGCUGACAAGGACCGGGACCAGCAGAUCUGCUUUGAUGAGUUCCUCUAUGUCCUAGGCAAGCUGGUAAAGGACUACCACCUGCAGUACCACCGCCGGCUGUGUGCCCACUACUGCACACAGCAUGGCCUCUACUGAGGUCUGGUGUUCCCCUUCCCCCACCUGUAGGCAUCUGCCCAGAGCAAGUGCAUGGAAAGGACCACCAUGCAGGAGAGAAGAAAGUGACACCAUGACUGAUUCUGGUUAUUAUUUUGCUCACCAAGGGCUCCAGAAAGAGGAGUUUUGGCCCUGACGACUCCAUUGAUGCCUCUGGGAGUCCCCUCUGAGAGGGAGACACCCAGCUGCCUCAGUUUCUCCUUCUGAGGGAGAUGGUCCUUGCUCAGCAGGACAGGACCCAGGAGAAUGGGCUGCCCUGAUGUGGGCAUGAUUAUGUGGGCAUGAGUAUGAUCAUGAGGAUUUAGCAGUGGUUCCCCAAAUGCUAAGGAUCGGGGUGUAGUCUCACAUUCACAUGCAUGUACGGAAUGCCCAGCACCCACCACCUGGCUCCUGCACCCCCUUUCACACUGGCAACCACUAAGGUCUUCAAAAAGCCUGGGAGAUACUUCGGUUGCAUUUCUUUUUCUUUUGCAAGUUUGUCUGUUUUAGUUUGUAUAUCCGAGUGAACCCAUUUGGGAAGCUGUCACCUGCCUGUGUCCUUAUGCACAUAGCAUAAUCACCAUUUUGUCCCUGGUGAUAGCAUCUCAUUUUAUCUAUUUAUUUAUUUUGCCACUAGGGUUAUCACUGGGGCUCAGUGAUUACCAAUCCUGACCACUCAGUGAUCACCACUCCUGACAUCUGUUUUAUUUCUUUCUUUUUAGAUAGAGAGGGAGAGACAGACAGAGAGGGAGAGAGACACAGAGAAGAGUGAUACCACCACAUUGCUCUACUGCUGUGAAAUUUCUUUCCUGUAGGUGCUACCACGUGGUGGUCCAGGGCUUGAACCUGGGGCCUUACUCAGGGUAGUGUGUGUGCUCCACCGGGUAAGCCACCAAUCUUUGAUUGCAGAGUAGUAUUCCACUGAAUGCAUAUGACAAACUUUUUUAAUUCAGUUUUCUGCUUUGAUCCCAUAUUUGGACUAUUGUGAGCAGUAUAGGCUUGAAUGCAGGGCAGGCCCCACUUUUGAAGUUCUCCUUGCUCUGAAGGAGAGCCUCAAGGAAUCAGUGGACUGAGGCAGUUUGAUCAGGAUGGGUUUGGGAGGCAGUGUUGUCCUGAACAUGGGUAGCCAGCCCAGUCUGUGAAGUAGCUUUGUGCUUGCUGAGUCAGGAUCAUGGAGGGAUAGUGCUUCACAGACAGUGCAGCCUACUAUGGAUAAGAGCAAGGAGUGGAACCUAGAGACAGUCAAGGAAGACUUCCUGGAGGAGUUGGCUAGGCCUGGAUUUUACUAGUAAAAAGUGAGGCUGGCUGUGGGUGUGGCUCUGAUUUAGGGCUGUUUGUCACUCCUGACUUAGAGCUCAUGGUCUCUGAUACUCCUAGUUCAGUUUAUGCCUGCACAACCUCUCUUUCUCUAAACCCUAGGACCUGAUGGUGGAUUUUGGGGGGAAGUCUCUCCUGUGCUUGGAGCCCUGCCUGUCUGGGGCGGGGGUUGCUCCUGUGAGGGUGGGCCUGAGAACCCUAUUUUAAGGUGGCUUUGAUAGAAAUGACAGUGAUGCGUGAGCUUCUCUAUGGGGGCUGUUAUCUGGGGGACUUGAUAAGGGAGUCCCCCAGCUUGGCCUGGCUGCCAGACAAGACCAGCAGUGCCCUAUGGGUUCUGACCAGUAUUUGCCCCUGCUGCCACCCUGGGCCCACCCCCAUCUGCCACUGACCAGUGCUGGCUUCUCAGGCCUCAGCUGAUUCCUUCCCCACUCACUGGGGGUCUUGACCUGCUUUCUGGUCUGGGUGUUCCCCUGAAGGCAUGUGUCCUGUAUCACCCAUGCCACUGUGGGCACAGUGCCUCUCAGUGAGGGCUGGUUGGCUGCGUGCGAGUCUGAGGCUGGGGUUGGAGCCCAGUGGCCAAGUCUGCAGGCUGUUCAGUCCCUUAGACAUAGAGAUGCUGACCAGGGACUCUUCCUUCAGGCCCUGGGGGUGGGGCGGGGGCAUCCUUCCCUGUUUCACUGAAUUGUGAGGAGUUAGGGUUCUUCCUGUGGGGGUGUUGGGGAGGUUAAGAGUAUAGGGGGAGUGGGAGUAUAGGGGCUGCAGGGGUAUGGGGACACAGGGGUGUGGGGUGCUAGAGAAGUAUGGGAACAUGGGAGCUGGGGAGUGUGGGGUGUAUGGUGGUCUUGGGGGGUAUAGAGGUGCUGGGAGGUGUGGGGUGUCUCCACAUUCCUCCUGGUCUGGCCCCUUUCCUGGGCUUCUGCUGUGUGUGACCUGGCCUGGUUGUUGGGACAUAGAUCCCAGGUACUGAACAACUUCCUGCACACAGGAUCAGGGUGUGUCCCUCACUCCUCUUUCCAUCAGUCAGUCUGGUUUUGGCCUUGCCUUUCCUGAGCUGUCUUCAGCCAGUCACCCAGCAUUGGCCCACCCUUCCCAGAGGUUGUCUGUGCCUGGUCAGUCUGUUUAAGUGCAGUAUUUCCAGGGGUAACACUGUGGUCAGCCAUCACCCCCACUCCAAACCCCACCCCAGAUAGGCACCCAGUGUAGACACAGCCAGGGCUAAGGGCUGCCUCCCUGUGGCACUUGGGAUGGACUUUCUUAUGUUCUGGGUGGACAGUGCUGCACCCCCCCCCCCCUUAGGGCACUGGCUUUAAGGUGACAUCUCCCCUUAAAGGGUGAAGAAUCUGGGCAGACAUGAUCCCUAACCCCAUUGUUCCCCCACCCAGAUGAGUCAGGCUGCUUCCAUUGGGACUGGUGAGUAAGUACUAGGGAGAUUCUGACAAAAGCCACCCCUUGUUCUGUGUGCCCUUUGGGGACCUAAGCACAUGGAUGAGGCAGCAAGCAGGGCUACAGGACAGACUUCAGUUUACUCAUCCAUUCCUCAGGUGUGAGUCUACCUAUAAGAUCCACCUCACAGUAUCAUUAAGUGAGUGAGUGAGUGGACAUAGAAGCACCUUGAAAACAUGGUGUGCUAUGGGUGAGGUGCUAUUACUCAUGUAGGAGCCAACCAGUGAGUAAUGGACACACAUUAAACUCUCCGUCACUGGCUGAAAACUUGCUUUGGUACAGAUCAGUGAAGUCCUGUUUCCACACCAAGAGGUUGCCUAGCCUCUUGCCAAGGUAGUUAGACUGCAUUUUGGUUGAUGGUAUGUAUGUUCUAUCUUAUCCCAGACCUUGGCCAAGGUAUCAGGCUGUGCUUAUGGGAAUUUCUGCAGUGGGGAAGGGAUACUGCCAGGCUAGCUUCGUGGGCGGGAGAGAGACGACCAGGGACUCACAGCUGAGUGGUACGCAGUUCAGUCUUUAUUCAUAUGGAACGCAGCGCAAUCUAAGCUAUCUCUAAUCACAAUCUUGUCCUUAUAUAUCCUGAGGCGGAAGAGUCAAGUCUGAAGAGGAUGUAUGUAGGAUAGGGAGUGGGGAGAAGGAAAAAGCGUACAAAACAGUGAGGAUUAAACCAAUGCCCUGGAGGCAGGGUAUGCUUAGUUAACAGUGGUUAUGUAAAUAGAAUACCGUUUUAAGCAGGGGGGGAUUAAACCAAUGAAACAGAAGGGGUCUUAGAAGCAGAAUUUAGAAGCAUACCAACAGGAUACUAGCAUGGAGAGUCACUAAACACAUAAAAAUGGAAACACUCAAUCCAAGUUACACUAUGUUUUUUUCCUGUCUUGGGUGUGGUGUACUGUGCUUGAAAUAAAGGACUAGGGAUGGGGGGAAAGAGAUGGGAUGGAGGGGUCCUUGGGGUAUGAUGAGGGAAGGGGACCUAGGUUGGGGACAGUGUCUUGCAGACACUUAUCAUGGGGAGACAAGUGGUUGUAUCUAUGUGCCAACAACUGCACUAUAAACCAUCAAUCCUUCCAAUAAAACAUAAAAUGCAAAUAUAUUAUGUUAUAGUAAUACUACUGCCAAGCAAUUGUACAAAGCACAAGCAAACACUAAUUAGAAGAAACAUAUAUAGCCCUAUUUCCAUAGUUGCACUAUUCACAAUAGCCGAAGGGUGGAAGCAACCUAAAGGGUCAUCAACAGCUGACU